CCGAAGCCGAAACGUAACCGUGAUUCAGUGAUUUUUCCUCAUGUGCCGCACAGUCCCCCGAACCCCCUAAAAAACGCGACCAGUCCCUCGUCCGAGUAAUGACGGCCCCCAGGACCCCCCGGAGGUCCAGCCCCCGCCCCUGAGCCCCUCCGACUGCACCCCCAGCGCGAAACCCUCGCGAAAUAACCUAGACCCGACGCGAGAACUCUCCAGCGAGAUAAAUCGAGGAUAAAAAGACUCACCGAUUGCGGAGAACCCCCGCAGGAUUUUCGACCUCCAGUUGAUGCCGAGAGGUCCCGCGCCCCGGCGGCCCCUCCCCAGGAUGUUGAACCCCGAGAACACACCCCCCAAAUCCCCGCGAGCCCGCAGGCAGCGAUCGAGGACCCCCACAGAGCCAGAAUGUGAGACCAGCAGUGAAUCUGAAUCCGAGGGUUCCCCGGACGACGUUCGGCGUUCCCCCCCCAGGAGGCCAUCCCCAACGGUCUCCAGACCCCAGGGGACGUCCAGCACCGCUGACGUGGUGAAGAGAACUCCCAGGAACACCUCGACCCCUCGAGAUCAGAUCGAGAGACCGAAGGCCUCGCCUCGAGUCCCUGGAAAACAGGUCCAACAUCAGGGGAAUAAUUUCGUCUGCUGGGUAUGUGUGGCUGUCCUGGUGGUCGUGGGCAUCAUCCUGGGGACGAUGCACUCAGACGCGAAGAGUGUGUCCAGUCCUGAGGGACAACAGCCUCAAUUAAGCAAGGAGGAGUCCAUUCUCAAGGCUCUGGGCAACCUGGGGAGGAACAUUGACCUCAUCAAGGCCAAGUUCAAGGGGCAGUGCCUCACCAUCUGGAGGGACCUGGAGGCAGGCAUCGCCGAGGUCAUCAGGAACCCCAGGAGACCAACAGUUUUUUUAUUUUUCUCCAGUGAGGAGGAUCCCAUGUUCUGUCUUGCCAGGAUGAUUGGGAAUGCGAGCAAAAAUGCUCUGGGGUCAGAGGAGGAUCUGCUGCUCUCCCCUCGGGAUCUGGGGGACGACUAUGGCAUGGCGCUGGUGCAGCUGAAGGAGAAGAUUGAGAGGCAGAAGGUUGUGAUCGUGGAGCAUCUCCUGGACAUUCACCCAGAAGCCAUGAAAGCCUUCCACAACCUCUGCGACCGUGAGAACCCCCUCGUCAAAGAGGCCAUCUACAUCCUGACGAUGGUGGUCGAUGGCUACAAGAACGAAUCACUGAUUGAAUUCGUGGAGAACCAGUUGACACUGAAAUUACGAGGAAAAGUCGACGAGGAGAAGCUCCAGCCCUUGAUCACGAGGAUGACUGAUGGUCCUAUAAUCCACGUGCAGCCAGAGCCAGGGGUCAAGAGCUGUCCCCUCAGAUACUAAAAAUCAUAAUUCAUAAACAGUAAUAACUCAAUCUCAAUCAUUUAAUGAUUUCCCAUAAAAUAUCUAUAAUUCUCAAUUUUAAUAUAUCAAUUAACGCUUAUGAAUUCUAUUUUUUACCACUUCGAGAUUAAUUAUUUUGUAACGAACGUGCUGAAUUUGUGAAUGUCAAUCUCACCCUGAAAUUAAUGAAAAAAAAUAGGGAGGAUCAAAUGAGAAGACAACGAAAUUUUCUUAUGCCUCCAAUGAUAUAUUUCUCAUCAAAACAGAGAGUUCAAUAUUGACUUAAGAUUUACGUAUUAUUGUUUUCGUGUUUGUUCGUUUUAUUUUGUUCAAAAUAAAUCUGUCGUUUUAUAGUUAGUCAUCAGUCCGAGUUUAUUCUCUUCCUAUUUUUCAUCGAAUGGCCUUCGAAUACUGAAUGCCGUUUUACCCCUUGAAAUGGAGAUAAAAUGUGAGAAUUAAAAAUCAGGUGAUAAUAUUUUGUGUCAAUUUAUCUAUGGAAUACAGAGAUGAUGAUUGAUGUAAAGAGAUAUUUUGGAUUUAUGAGGUAAUUCUGGAGGUAAAUAAAUUUAAAGUGAAUGUUUGAUA